AUGCGUGUGUGUAUAUAUAUAAGCUUCACGAUCGGUUCUUGGCAUAAUCAUAUUCACAAUUUUAAACAUUAUUAGUUCAUUUUUAAUCCAUUCUUGUGUAAAUUGAAAUACCCAUGGCUUCGUUUACUACUUUCAAUAAUGUCCCCAUUAUUGCAUUUGUUUUCUUCUGUGUUCUUGCAUUAUCAGUCCCCGUCACCGGCCGGCCGGCGACUUUUCUUGAAGAUUUCCGGGUAACCUGGUCGGAAUACCAUAUCAAGCAACUUGAAGGAGGGAGGGCAAUUCAACUCACUCUUGAUCAAAACUCUGGAUGUGGGUUUGCUUCAAAACGCAAAUAUUUGUUCGGAAAAGUGAGCAUGAAGAUUAAACUCGUCCCCGGGGACUCAGCCGGAACAGUCACUGCCUUUUACAUGAACUCAGACACAGACACAAUACGCGACGAAUUAGACUUUGAGUUCUUGGGAAAUAGAAGUGGGCAACCAUACACAGUUCAAACCAACAUCUACGCUCAUGGAAAGGGCGACCGAGAGCAAAGAGUCAACCUCUGGUUCGACCCAGCGGCCGAUUUCCAUACUUAUUCAAUCAUGUGGAAUCAUGCGGAGAUUCGUUUCAGUGUGGAUGAGAUUCCCAUAAGGAUUUACAAGAACCACGAAGCGAAAGGGAUUCCGUAUCCAAAGGUACAGGCAAUGGGAAUAUACUCAACGUUAUGGGAAGCUGACGACUGGGCCACAAGGGGUGGUUUGGAGAAGAUAGAUUGGAGCAAAGCCCCAUUCUACGCUUAUUACAAGGACUUUGACAUAGAGGGGUGCGCAGUGCCGGGGCCAGCCGAGUGCCCCUCGAACCCCAACAACUGGUGGGAAGGCCCGGCCUACCAAUCUCUCACUCCUCUGCAAGCCAGAAGUUACAGAUGGGUUCGUUUGAACCACAUGAUCUAUGACUAUUGCACCGACAAGUCCCGCUACCCUGUCCCCCCGCCGGAGUGCGUCGCGGGCAUAUAACCAUAAAGCUCUUUCUUUUGCCAAACAGACCACAUUACUGCUGGGGUUGAUUGGUUGAUUAUUCUCUGUGGCUGUUCUUUUAGGAGCUAGUGAGCAAAAGUCAAUAUUCCUACUCCUACUUUGUGUUGUUGCACACAUUAUAUAUUAUUAUUUGUGUCAAUGGUAGUGUAUGGCCUUUUCAUUUGUUAAUAAGAAAUUUAUGCACGAUUAUUUUCGUUGUU